AUGGACAGCGGUGAGGGAGGAGGAGGGGAUGGAGGGGGAGGAGAGGAGAGAGAUGCUGACCUCAGUCCCCAGGCUUUAUCUCUUCCUCUCCUGACCCUGGCGGUCAUUCCUGAGCAGGGGUCAUCCUCUCAUAUCUCAGCCAUGGCCCCUGCCAAAGAGCCCCUGACCCUGCCUCAGCAGCAGGAGGAGGAGGGCGCAGAGGGGUCCCAGGCUAGAGAAGAGACCGAGGGAGGUGAGCAGAAAGAAGGAGGCCGACAUUCGCAGGAGAACGGAGCGUGUCAAAAGCAGGGGAUGAAGGAAGACUUCGGGGAGGGAUGCUUGUCAAAGCAAAGGAAGGAAGAAUGGGAGGUGCAUGUAGGUGUAGGAGAGGCGUCAGUUACAGGGGGCCUCCCAGCAGCCCUUAGCAGCAAAGGCGGAGAGGAGGAGAAGGAAGAGGAGGAGGCCAUCUCAAACCAAAGCCAAACCAAAUCCAAAUGUUCUUUAUUACCUCAACAGAGCCAGCACAGCUCUUCUUCCAGCACUGCGAAGGCCAGUGGCACACUCGACAGCAAAAUAGCCGCCUCUCCAAAGCCCUCCCCCACUCCUUCCACCUCUCCAAAGCCCUCCCCUUUUCUUUCCAUCUCUCCAAAGCACUUCACUUGUCCGUCCUCCUCUUCUGCCCUGCUGAGCGAGACAGAGGUAAAAGACAUUAAGGGAGAUCAGGGCUGGAUUUCUGGGUUUCCUCAGAGCUUUAAAUCCCAGCAGUCUACUCUGGCUUUUCCACUGGCAGGUACGGAGCCUGCCAGUAUACCUGCUGAGGAUGAUGGGCCGGCAGGGGUUCCUCACUCUUCCAUUUCUAAUGGAGAUGGUGCCAAAGCUCCAGAACCAAAUGACAGCCAGCUAGACACAGAGGUAGAUGAUGAGAGAGACAAAGAAGGGGAACAGAAAGAAGCUGUCCUUAAAAACCUCAACCAAGACCUCUCUCCUAACUCACUGACGAGUCACAUGACCAUAAUGCACUCACGCAACUCCUGCAAGACGCUGAAAUGCCCCAAGUGUAACUGGCACUAUAAGUCUCAGCAUACACUGCAAGUCCACAUGAAAGAGAAACAUCCAGAGACGGGAGGCCAGUGUGUGUGUGGUGCCUCUGGGGGAAAGUGUGUCUGUGGAGGCUCAACACGAGAUGUGUGUGGAUAUUGCAGUUCGGGGAAACCCCAUCCUCGCUUGGCCCGCGGUGAAACAUACGCCUGUGGCUACAAGCCCUACCGCUGUGAGGUGUGUGACUAUGCUACCUCAUCGAAAGGCAACCUCAGCAUACACAUGCAGUCGGAUAAACACCUUAAUAACGUUCAAAACGGGGGACACUCGAACGGUCACGUGCACACAUCUCACAUUACCAACAACAGCAGCUCCUCCAACGGUCACGCAGUGGAUGAGCCCACAUACAAGCUCCCACUCUCUGUUCCCACGCCUACAACUCAGCCCGCCAAGCUCACACCACCUGCACACUCGCACUCUCAUGGUAAGCGGUGGCGGUGUGACGUGUGCGACUAUGAGACCAGCAUUGCUCGGAACUUGCGCAUACACACCACCAGCGAGAAACACACACAUAACAUGCUACGGCUCCAGAGAGGUUACUAUCUGUCUCACUGCAGGAGCCUUGCCCCGCAGCUUAAACACCUACAAAACACAGGUGAGGUUUCUCUCUGUGUUUUAGGCGCCGAGCUCUCUCUGAACAUGCGACUGACCAGUCAGAAGGUCGCAGAACAGCCAGUCACCCUUGGGUCUACGCUGACUCCUUCUCCCUCCCCAUCUCCCUCUCCCCCUCCAGCCCCAUCUCUGUCCCCCACUGGACCCCUCUCCCAGGGCGUGUUUCAAUGCCUUGUCUGCUCCUGCUUUUCGUCCGACAGCUUAGAGUCUGUGGAGCAGCACCUGAACGCCCCUCGCUCUCUGCCCCAGUCUGAGUGGUGCUCCCUGGUCGCUGGCGGCUGCCACUGCAGGCUGUGUGGCUACACCACCCCGCUGAGGGCUAACUUCUCCUUACACUGCCAGACUGACAGACAUCGCACCCGGUACCAGCUUGCUGCUCACCUCCAGGAAGGUGGUGACAGGGGUCAAGAGGGGGCUGCCCUUAUUGCUAAGGGCAACCCCGUCCAGCUGAGGUGCAACCUGUGUGACUACGUGACCAGCAGUUUGGAGAAGCUACGAGGACAUUCCCUCAGUUCCCAUCACGAGGCCAGCGUCCGGGUUUACAGAUUCCUGCAGCAGUAUGAUGGUGAAGUUGAUGGAGGCUCGUGGCUGUUCCACUGUCUCCUGUGCAACCACUCCUCCUCCUCUAAACUCCAAGUACUGAAACACAGUCAGACCCCAACCCAUCAGCAGAGGGAAGGGCUACUACAGCUGCAGCCAAUGGGCGGAGAGGAGCUGGCAGCCAUUUUUACCAUCAGGAAAAGCCCUGAUGGUGACACAGGAGAGCUCAGUGAGGAUAUGGAAACUUCCAGUGAGACCAUCACUGGUCCUUUGGAGACAACCAAAGACACAUGUAACUUGGGGGUGAAGAAUAUUUUUGAGGAGACAGAAACUAGGGGGGAGGAAAGAGAGAGAAGGGAGUCAUUGCCCCCAGUCAAGCGUCCAUCCUCUAGAUGUGAGGAAAUGGAAAACUCCAUCCCAACCAAACGCCCCAGAAUACACCAGCAAAAUGAGAACCAGCAGACUGUCCAGUGCCCUUUGUGCCAGGUUAAACUCCCAUACAUAAACCUUCAACAGCAUCUCACACUCGUGCACAGUGUGGCGCAGGACUGUGUAGACAAGCUCAUCAGCACAGUCACACUAUCCAUGGAGCAAGUGCAGCCUCAGCUGCAGAUGGAACCGCAGACAGAGUUGCACGCAGACGAUACUCAGAAAAAUAAAAACGGCAAGAAUAACAAUGCAAAUUGUUCCCAUACUGCUGAUUCCAUAGCCUCACUGGAUUCACAGAAAAACAAAGGCAUUUCACUGGAGAACACUGAGGGAGAUGUAGCCGCACCCAAAGAUGUCACAGCUCUACUCACCCCACCCCUAGAAGACAACACCACUCACCCUUCCAAUGGCAGACUGGCUCCCCAGUCCCCGACACAGAUCCCCCCCUCUUCCCCGCCCACAUCCCCACCCAGCGAUCCCCCUCCCCUUUCUGAUCGCCAUGGUUACCGGUUCCGUUGCAGCAGGUGCAGCCUGGCGUUCCCCACUCAGGAGAAGCUCCAGCUGCACUGGCAGUACCAUGCCAUGAGGGCGGCGACAGAGUGCCCCCUCUGUUCUAGACAAUGCCGCAGUCAGGAGGCCCUGCAGAGACACAUGCAGAACACACACUCACAGCUGGACAGCACACAGGGGCAGAAUACACUACUACCGCCCCAUACUGCGCAAUACAUGGAGCAAAAUAAGAGUUCAGUUCAACAAGAUUUUAGUUUAUCACCUCAAGUGGGUCAAGAAGCAGGAGAGGGUGAGGAUGAAGAGAUAGAGGAAGAAGCUCUAGGCAUGGAGGGAAAGGAGGAACCAAAAGAAGACGUUCAAUUUAACGAGAAGGACAUGGUUGGUGAAGGAGGACGUGAGGAAGAUUUAACUGAGCCAGAGAAAGGGCCACAUGAGGAGAUAAUAUCAGAACCGAGUUCUAGCUCUCUUGUCAAAAAAUGCUCUAAUCCCACAAUGGACCGCUAUCUGGACCCAACCAGGCCCUAUAAAUGUACCAUAUGCUCUGAAUCAUUUACCCAGAAAACCAUUCUCCUGGUCCACUAUAACUCUGUGUCCCAUCUCCACCGGGCCAGACGAGCCCUGCAGGACUCUGGCGCAGGUGUUGCUGCCCCCGAGGCUCCCCGUGGCUCAGAUCCUAGGCCUUACCGCUGCCGAUUGUGUGGAGUGGGCUAUAGCCAGAGCUCCACACUGGACAUACAUCUUCGCUCUGUUCUCCAUCAGACUAGAGCUCGUGCUGCCCAGAACUCAGCUCCGCAGACCACAGCAUCUAGUGUAGCUGCUCCAGCGUCAGCACCCACUACUGCUACUCAGGCUGCUACCACUAGAGAAGAAACAUCCAAGAGUUUUCCUUUCACCAAGAGGCCAGAUGUAGUAAGCGCUUCAACCUCUUUGCUAGGCUUAGCAGCUGAGGCCCAGCCAAACCUUUCUAACCCAAAGGACAGCCAGCAGACUAAAAAGAGAGUGGCAGAGCUUCUAGCAUCAAGAAACCAGCUAAUGCUUAUACAACAGCAACAGUUAGCUCAGGCACAGGCCCAAGCUCAGUUACAGCAACACACUGCUCUGCUCCAGUCCCAGUUGAUACAGCACCUUCCCAUAGGACCAGAGAGUUUCCUUAAACAACACUUCCCCUUGACACCAGACAACUUGCUCUCUCUGCAGCAGCAACUUCUUUUGCCCUUUUACUUGUCAGGAGACAUGAAGCUAAACCCAGAGUUAACUGUUAAGAGCGAAGAACAUAGUCAGUUAAUAUCUGCCAACUCUAUCCAAAAAGAACAAGUUAAGGCAGAAGCCAAAAGGGAGUCUCAGCCCGAAACAGAUAAGAAAAAAAUACAGAUGCAAAGUUCACACUCAGCUGUUUGCCAACCACAGGAUCAUGUUCAGUGUGAAGCCAAGGUUGAUGCUUUCUGCAGUGGAUCCUCAAACAACCAGACAGAAAGAGAGCACAGCCAUUCUAGUCUUGAGGAAGAAAAAGAAGACAUGCUUGUUCCUACUGUUAAAAAUGAGAGUCAGAAGGAGGAAACAGAUUCCUCCUCAUUUCAUCCUAUUGGAUUGCAGUGUCCUCCUCCCAGGGUGCCCUAUGCUGCUGUGAAUGGGGAGCCUCUUAGAGCCCUGCUGCAGAGUUAUGGUUAUGAGUUGGCACUGCAGUAUUUACAAAGUAGAACCAGACACCAGCAGCAGAUAUCAGCUCAUAUGAUUACAGAUAAACAACAGUGCUCUGAUAUCAGCAAGAUGGAGGUGUGCCCUACGGAGGAAAGAGAUGAGUUUAGUGGACUACAGGGUGGGGAGAUGGAUGGUUGUAAGGAUAACGAAGGAGUAGAUGGCAAUGGAGAGACAGAAGAGGAAAAAUUGAGCAAAGACGAGGAAUUAGCAAACAAAGGGAAAGGAUGCUGUGGAAGGGGGGAAAAGUGUAGAGACUGUGGAAAGUUUUUUUCAGAUGCCUUGAUUUUAAAAAGCCACAAGGAGUACAUUCACAGGAUGCUGUUCCCCACUGCUGCACUGGAGAGGUUUUCCAGAGAAUACAGGCUGCAGUAUGACCAGAUGUACCCCCUCGCACAGCCUAAUUCUGGCGAGAACUCAACUGCUUGCCCACAAGCUGCCGCCCCUGCCCCUUCAUCAGAAUCAGAACCAGAACCAGUUAAGCCUCAAGCUAAAACCCUUGAACCCUCACCUGUACCUUCAGUUUCAGACCCCAUAAACAAAACAUGCACUCCAGCGAUAGACCUAACACCAACUGCCACUGUACCCUCUCCUCCAUUUCUAUCUCAGCCUCAAGAUUUUUCUCAAGAGGAACCCAUCCCGAGCACAUCCACUACAGCUACUUCUGAAACCACAUCCCCAGCUAAGUCCAUAACCCUUCCCUUACCUAAAAUACCUAUGCUUCCUCUUCCCUUGCCCCAGCUUUCUAUACCCCCACUGACUUUACCGAAACUUCCCCUACCCCCUCUUCCAUUUCCCAUGGAGUUACCUCUCCUUCCUCCAGUUAUGAUGCAGUCUGUGGCUCUCCAGCCCCAAACUUGGUUAGAUUCAAGUGUGAGCCCUGAGCUUGCAAAACUCUACCAAUCUCAACUCAACCCAGCACUGAUAGGGCAACAGCCACAGCUUAGUCCAGCUUUGCUAACCCAGAAACCCCAGCUUAGCCCAACUUUGCAAAGUCAGCCUCCACAGGUCAAUCCUGCACUGCUGUGUCAGCCAUCCCAACCCAGUCCCAUCCAAACAGCACAGCAACCCCAAGUCAGCCCAACAAUAGUUGAACAACAGGGUAAGAGAACCCGAACUCGAAUAUCUGAAGAACAACUGACUGUUCUGAGAAAACACUUUGAUAUUAACAGCCUCCCUAGUGAUGAAGAGAUCAACAAGAUGUCUGCACUGUCUGGUUUGCCUCAUAAAGUCAUCAAACACUGGUUCCGCAACACCCUAUUUAAAGAGCGCCAGCGAGACAAGGAUUCUCCUUACAAUUUUAAUAACCCCCCAACCAUAGCACUGGAGGAGUCCAGAGAGGAACCCCAGACAACAGACCUCCAGAGAGGAGAGCCCCAUAGGGGCAGACGCUCUUCCAGAACCCGCUUCACGGAGCAACAGCUUGAGACCCUGCAGGGGGUGUUUGAGGCAACUCCCUACCCCAGAGAGGAAGAAUAUGACAGGUUGUCUGCUCUGCUGUCUCUCCCUAACAGAGUCAUUGUCGUAUGGUUCCAGAAUGCUAGACAGAGAGCCCGCAAAACUCAAGAUCGGGGGACAGACGAUGGAUUAGAGGGGAAAAAACAGCUUGACAGUAUUCACAGACAGAGAAAUGGCUACUACAAGAAUGAUGAGGAUGAUGAAGAUAACAGCAUUGGGGAUGAAGGACAGGGUGAAUCUCAGAAUGAAAACUCCAUGGAUCUGACUUAUGAAUAUUACACCCACCCUGACUCACCUGUCCUUGAUUCUUCCUCUCACUGCAAAGAAAGUGAGCAUCCAACAGCCAAAGGUGAACCAACACCUGUUACUAGGAAACAAGAAGAUAAAACAACCUCUCCUGUGACUAGCAAGAGCACAAAUCUUGUUGAAAUUCAAAAUGGAAUUUCAGAUGCAGACAUCCAUCGUAAGGAAAUUGUUCAGGCCAUGAAAACUGGGUCCUCUCCACAACCUGAACCCAAUUUGCAGCCAGAAAGUACUCCAGAAAGACCCCAGCCUCGCUCCUCCUCCUCUUCACAAAAAACCGUAGCCACCAUCCCGUCCAUGGCUCAUUCCAGCCAGGGGCAUACAAACCGCUCUCCUUCUGAUCAAGCUGUUGAAAAGCCUGCUGAUACAUCACCCAGCAUCCCUGCUGUUCCAGCAUCUGAAACAAGCCACACUCGGCUGCCUGACACCACCUCUGGCCUAUCAACUGAAACCCAGCCAAAAAAACAGCUCCAACCCCAAACCCAGGCUCAGUUCCAGUGCAGUCUCUGUCCAAUGUCCUUGCCUUCAUUCCAGCUGUGGCAGGACCAUCAGACUAGGCAUCUGCUGGCAGCUCAGACCCAGGUCCAGUUUCUCCACUCUGGCUUCACAGACAGAACCAUGCCUUACAUGAUGCUCCACCCCAACCACACCCUGAUGGCCAGCCAAAUGCUUUCAGGCGCCGUGUCCCAGAUGCCUGAUCACUCAAGUAAUACCCUCAGCAGCCUCUCUCAAAGUUCCCUGACACCCAUGAAGCAGAAUUCAAAGCUUAUGUCAGAGAACAGUUUUGAAGGCCAAAGGGGUAGUAGAGAGGUUGAGGAGGAGCACCGAAGAGAUAAGCGUCAGAGGACCACCAUCACUCCAGAACAGCUGGAAGUGUUGUAUCAGCGCUACAGCUUGGACUCUAACCCUACCAGAGGAGUCCUGGAAAGCAUUGCACGCGAUGUAGGCCUCACAAGGCGUGUGGUUCAGGUCUGGUUUCAGAAUACGCGAGCCAGAGAGAGAAAAGGACAGUUCCGGUCAAUGGGGCCAGGAUCCAGUUUCAGUUUGGGUUUCAACCACCUGCGCUGCCCUUUCUGCAGGGCUCUCUUCAAGGUUAAGAGUGCUCUGGAUGCCCAUAUGAGGUCACGCCACUGGGCGGAGGCUGAAAGAGCAGGCUACAACUUAUCGAUGACUAAUGGAUCCAGUGGGCAGAUUGGUAUGGUUAUGCCACCUGUCAUGGACAGGCCGGGCCCAUCUGUCUCCUCCAACCCCAUCCCAAACCAUGGCUAUGUCAUCAGCAACAAAGAGUUAACUGUGAAGCCACCUGUGACCUCUUCGUCUUCAACCACUGAUCUGAACAACGCAGAGGAGGAGGAUGAUGACUAUGACGAAGACGAUGAGUACCCAUGUGAGGAGGGUUCCAGUAUGGCUGACCAAGCUUCUCCUAGUCCUGAGGGAUCCGGGGCUCUGAGCUCAGAUUGGGGUGAGACACAAACUCUGCAGCAGCACCACCAUCAACAGCAGCGCCAAAGGACACAGAUGAGCCACUUCCAGGUACUCCAGCUCCGAGAUUUCUACAGGAGCCACCGCACCCCCAACAGACACGAGUGUGAGGCACUGGGCCGAGAGCUGGGACUGCCUCACCGUGUGGUGCAGGUGUGGUUCCAGAACGCCAGAGCCAAGGAGAAGAGGGCCAGGAGCCUGAGCUCAGACUCUGCAGAGAGGGAGCAGGCCGAGCUGUCCGCAGGGGCAGGGGAGAGAGACAGAGCUUAGAGAGGCAGACUAUGGUCCCUUUGCUUCCUUCUACUACAUUCUCCCCAAAAGCCCUCCUGCACCUGCUGUCGACCUCUAAACAUAUACCCUGUCCACUUUGCUGCCAAACCUGUAACCUGAACACCCCAAAGAUGCAGAGCCACAGUGGCCCAAAGACAAACUCUCUCCACUGAAAGUCAGAGAGAGCCCAAACCAAGUCCUCUUUACCACAGCUUUCCUUUUUUCAUAUUGUCCUUAAACUCUCUUUCCUGGUCUGUACGUUCUUGUUGAAAAGAGCUCCUCUCCCUAUUCCGUCCGACACCUUACUUCAACCAAACACCACCUUGAUGAAACCAACCAGAUGCCACAGAGGCCAAAGAGCAUUCUCCAAGUAUGUGACCUCACUGCCCAGCUAGACCUGCAGUCUACCUCUCAGUCUGCAUGACAGACUCACAGUGGGCCCUCCACCAGACAGUGCUAGAUGACUAGCUGUGUAGCAUGUAGUGCCAGUCUGUAAGAGGCUGGAAAAGAAAUUGUCAAAGAGAUUUUAGUGUAAAUAGAGAGCUCCAAAAGAUAAACUUGAAGAAAAACAAAGCAGUUAAGAGUGGAAAAAGAAGAAGAUGAGAAAAAAAAGGAAAAAUAUCCUUGAAAUAGACGGAGGUAUUCGCAUAGAGCUUUUGUAAAGACUGACUCAGAUUCCAAAGCUCGUAACCAAAAUUUUACAUGUCUGUGGAUUUAAUUUCAACAUGUUUGUUUUCAAUAACAAACUGCAGAGCUGACGUCUGUACGGUGAAUGGGUGAGAUCUGCAGCUGGCAUAGGUUAAGCCGCGUACCAAUAGACUGAUACGGUGCUAGAAUGCAGCUUCACCCUCCACAAGCCAAUGAUGAGUCUUCUGUUGUACAUGUACACCUUCUAUGUUCCUUUAGUGGAUUACAGCCCAAAUAGCACAGAACGUAAAGGCCAGUUUGUCUUGUCUGGACAAACUAUUUUUUAUAGCACUCAACCAUUAUACUGUAUAUGAAAACUUUAACCAAACUCAAAUUUACAUUGUGUGUGUUUAGUAAUAGUUUCUUAAUAUAAAUCUUAUGGAUUGAGAUAAACUGUCUUGCUUCGAUAUAAUAGUGUCAUGAUUAUGAAAAGAUUAUGACAGCUUUGAUAUGUUCAGGCAAGGUGACUUACUGCCUUUCCGUUCUAUUUGAAUAUACCAAUGGCUGACCAAUGUUAUGUGAUUAAUGUAAAGCUUUCUAUGCUCAGGUCAACAGUUCAACAUGGCUCUGCUUCAAAUGUGAUCUUAAUACUGAUUUUUUCUGUUUUUAAAACAGAAGAGGCAUGGUUUAACCUUGGACUAAGUAUUAAAAGAUAUCUACAAAAACAUCUCUGUAUUUCAAGGAUCUGAGCUUUUCACCUCUGAGUAAUAGAUUGUUACAAAAACCUUAUUGAAACUAAAGUGUUUAAUAGUGUGAGGGGUAAAUGUACAGUAUUUAGCUUUUGUAUGGUUGACUCAAGACUUCAUUGGAUGAUUGAGACAUAGCUCCCUUUUCCACUUACAGAUGGGGAGCUACUGCGCAAAGCUGAGAAAAACUUCGGAUGUUAUUGAUGUUAUUUUUGUACAUUUAAUUUAUUUUCCCUCAUUCUCCCUCCCCACCUACUUUCCUAUUUUUCUCUCUACCUUUCUCCCUGUGUUCAUUUGCAACCAGUCCUUAUUCUAACUGUAAUAAUGAUAAUAUAACAAUAAUAGCUAAACAAUAAUUAAUGCUUUAAGACAAAAAUCCAAAGACGUGAUAAUACUUUAACCAUAUGACCUACAAAAAUAAGCGCUACUGUUUACUUGACGAUGUAUUGCUGUUUUUAAAGAAGGAAGGAGUCCCUAUAUCUAAGCUACUGUUUUCUGCCUCUCAUAAGCACACUGGAGACUGUAACCAAAACCCCAAACUAGAGCCAUGGCAGUCUGUAAUAUAGCGGUUAAAGAGUUUUACUUCUCUUGAGAAAUGUUGCAGUUUAUUUUUUCUUUCUUUUUUACCAUAGUGUUGAACUUCAGCCCUUAAGGAUGUCCAGUUUGCUGCUAACGUACUGUAGUUUCUAAUGAUACUGUAGAAAGAUGCAUGCUCUGAUCGCUUUACCACUAGGCUUUAAUGACUACAAACUGUAAUGAUAACUGUGAUGCUGUUGAUAAACUGCUCCUCCGUUAUUCUGUUGAAAACAAAUGGAUAUGUGGGGCUCAAUUCCAUCAGGUUUGUUUUUCAGUAUCCCAUUAAUUACCCCUACUCAGAAGAUAAAAAUGGCUUUCAUGAUACCAGAAAUAUUUUUUCAAGCUUCCAGUUGCAGAGAAACCUGUCUGGGGCAUUAACUUCUCAAUAUGUAUAGAGAUACUGCAUAGCUAUUUGAAGGAGUUCAGCCCCAAACCUUCUGCUGGUAUGUUGUCGGUCUUUCUGUGUUGCAAUGUCUCUAGUCCAUUUGUCCAGCGAAAACAGCUUUGCUGAACUCAGACUGACAUCAGAGCCAACUUUCCAAAGGAUGUGGACUGACUAACUCUGUCAUGUUUUGUUCUUAAACUAACCAAUGUUUACGACAAUACCAAUGAGCUUUCUUCUGUACAGAAAUGUGCAUUCCAAAUACCACAAAGGCAGUUUUUUUGUAUACUGAUUAUUUUAAAUUUCAUUUCUCUCGUAUUCUCUUGAUCUUAGUGACUGUAAGAUGUACAUAUUGGGGUCCUCUAUGGUGAAGGGACUCUGUUAACCUUACUGUAGGUAAAACUAUUCUUUUCAUUUUUUUCUGGAUAUGUUGUUGCCAUAGUGAUGACCAAAAAGAUACCUGUGAUGUGCACCUGUCCUUAUGUCCUGCUCCAGUGGUUUAGUGUGUCUCUAUACUCUCCCUCCCCCAGUCUUCCUCUACUGGUGUGUGUUUCUCUUCCCUUCCC